AUGCCACGACCUUCGAGGGAAUCCUACGGGGACCAGAAGCCACCGUACUCCUACAUAUCCUUGACGGCGAUGGCCAUAUGGAAUUCCCCUGAAAAAAUGCUGCCCCUAUCCGAAAUUUACAAGUUCAUCACCGACAGGUUUCCGUAUUACAGGAAAAACACGCAGCGAUGGCAAAACUCCCUCAGGCACAACCUGAGCUUCAACGACUGUUUCAUAAAGAUCCCGAGGCAACCUGAUAGGCCGGGAAAAGGUGCGUACUGGGCUUUGCAUCCUGCUGCAUUCGAUAUGUUCAUGAACGGCAGCCUUCUCCGUCGCAGGAAGCGUUUCAAGCUCCUCAAAAGCGACAAGGAGAUCUUGGAGAAUGAGCUGGCAGCAUUGACGAACAUCAACCGCAUCAUCUUCGCUCCGCCGAAUCCUGUCGACUUGAACCCGGCGGCAAGUAUUCCUGCCAUAGCACCGCAUCAACCCGCGUCGCCUACUCUGACGAAAUCACCUGAAACUGCUGUGACUUGCAUCAGGCCUAAGCGGUCCUUCACGAUAGAGAGCUUGAUAUCUCCAGACAAACCUACUCCUGUGGCGCCCAGCCCGACGCAUAUAAUGCCACCGGUUCAGCAAUGGAUGUUGUCAACUUCUUGUUAUGAUUUAGCCCUAGCUAAUCAUAUGGCGCUGAUGCCACAUACUCCUACUCACUAUGAAACUUAUGGACUAACGAAUCCUGAGAGUUUGUUUAGGCUGACACACCAGUUAUAG